CAUGAUGCUUACCAGCUUUGUAGAUCACAUGUGGCUUCUAACAACCCUGCUGCUUUGGGUUCCAGUCGGUGGGGAAGUGGUUAAUGCCAUCAAGGCUGUGAUCACCUUGCAGCCUCCAUGGGUCAGUAUUUUCCAGAAGGAAAACGUCACUUUAUGGUGUGAGGGGCCUCACCUGCCUGGAGACAGUUCCACACAAUGGUUUAUCAACGGAACAGCCGUUCAGAUCUCCACGCCUAGUUAUAGCAUCCCAGAGGCCAGUUUCCAGGACAGUGGCGAAUACAGGUGUCAGAUAGGUUCCUCAAUGCCAAGUGACCCUGUGCAGUUGCAAAUCCACAAUGAUUGGCUGCUACUCCAGGCCUCCCGCAGAGUCCUCACAGAAGGAGAGCCCCUGGCCUUGAGGUGUCACGGAUGGAAGAAUAAGCUGGUGUACAAUGUGGUUUUCUAUCGAAAUGGAAAAUCCUUUCAGUUUUCUUCAGAUUCGGAGGUCGCCAUUCUGAAAACCAACCUGAGUCACAGCGGCAUCUACCACUGCUCAGGCACGGGACGACACCGCUACACGUCUGCAGGAGUGUCCAUCACGGUGAAAGAGCUGUUUACCACGCCAGUGCUGAGAGCAUCCAUGUCAUCUCCCUUCCCGGAGGGGAGUCUGGUCACCCUGAACUGUGAGACGAAUUUGCUCCUGCAGAGACCCGGGUUACAGCUUUACUUCUCCUUCUAUGUGGGCAGCAAGAUCCUGGAGUACAGGAACACAUCAUCAGAGUACCAUAUACCAAGGGUGGAAAGAGAAGAUGCUGGAUUCUACUGGUGUGAGGUAGCCACGGAGGACAGCAGUGUCCUUAAGCGCAGCCCUGAGUUGGAGCUCCAAGUGCUUGGUCUCCAGUCAUCAGCUCCUGUCUGGUUUCACAUCCUGUUUUAUCUGUCAGUGGGAAUAAUGUUUUCGUUGAACACGGUUCUCUAUGUGAAAAUACACAGGCUGCAGAGAGAGAAGUACAACUUAGAAGUCCCUUUGGUUUCUGAGCAGGGGAAGAAAGUUAAUUCCUUUCAGCAAGUUAGAAGCGAUGGCGUGUAUGAAGAAGUAACAGCCACUGCGAGUCAGACCACACCAAAAGAUGCGCCCGACGGACCUCGAAGCUCAGUGGGUGACUGUGGACCUGAGCAGCCUGAGCCCCUUUCUCCCAGUGACAGUACCGGGGCACAAGCUUCCCAAAGUUGACCCUGAAACUGUGGGACCAUGGCAUGCAACUCUUAAAUAAAGCAAAUAUACAAACUGGCUCUGGCUGAGACAAGCUGGGUAAUCAGACAUCUGAAAGGAGACCAAAGCGAUCUUGCAACACGUGGAGUCAGGUCACAGCGUGGGUUGUCGAAUGUUUGACCUUAUGGAGCAGGGAAACAGGAAGUGAAUCCCGUAGGAUCCCCCCCCCCCGCCCCCCAAGGCCGCCCGGGACAGGACCCAGCUCUGGAAGACUCCAGUCUGAGACGUGCGGAACCAGAGCAGGGGUGAGAUUCCUGCCCAGAAGGGACAGCUGUGCCAUCCCUUCACAGGGUGGAUGGGUUCAGGGAAAGGCCUCCCCAGGGACGGCCUGUGUGUCAGGGGAGCAGACGCUGAUACAGACAGCUCCAUAGCCUGGGCUAAAGCUGGCUAAGUAAGACCCGGUGUUCAUCCUGGGAGCAUCUGAAUUUGUGUUCUCCUUCCUACCGUCUCUCUUUAUGCACCCUCCCCAGAUUUGCUGCCCACACCCCUCAAAGGACAUAGUGGCAGCAGCUAAAGAGUGAAGUGUCAGCAGUGAUCCAUCCAUCUAACUUCCCUCAGGUCCAGAUACCCCCAACCCCAAACUCCCACACUCUAGGGGCCUUUUCAGGCAGCCUGCAUGUGGUGUCUUAGCAGAGCUAUGGAACAAAGGCUUUUAGCUCUAUCACUAUCUGACAAGCAGACAGCACCCUCAGGUGCCCUCAUUGGGUGGUGAGAGCUUUCUCCAGCCAGUACCACCUGUAAGCUGGAGAGUGGGGCGGGAACACUGGCCCAAAGCGUCCCUAUUGGAAGGCAUGGCUCACAUGUGUGCCACAAAUGCCCUUAGACCACACAGGAAGACCGAAUUCUAGAAACAAGGAGUAGAUCAUGUCUCCACUUACUGUCACUCCUAAGGGCCUGCUGAAGGUCUUGGUGCUUCACAUCCCUGGAACUCUAGGGUAUGCCGUGCUAGAGGUCUCAGUCCGCAGAGUGGGUGUGGCAUAGCCUGAGCCUCCCUGGAUAUGAACAUUAGCAGAUAUCAAGGUAUAUUGGGACCUUUAUAACCAGGGACCAAUAGGCAUGAGAGGGACCGGGAUAAUGGACCACAGUCACGGGAGGAGAUACACUCUGUUGUACAAUGCAUGCAGAAACUGUUAAAAACAGUGUGGGAGCUGGAGAGAUGAUCAGGGGUUAAGAACACUUCCUGCUCUUCCAGGAGACCUGAGUUCACUUUUUGUAACUGCUUGUAAGUCCAGAUGUCGUCUUCUGAUCUCUUGCAAGCACCCACAUGUGCAGGGUGUGCAGACACAGACAUAUGAACAAGAACAAUUAAAAAAUAAAUUAUAACUGC